CCGAUGUUGUUUAUGUUUUGACACACGAUGGCGUCUGUAGUGACCCUAACAUGUACAAUUCUCACUGUCUUUAUCGCCAUGCGGACUGUUCACGCAGCUAAAAACCUAGAUUUAGACCUGGGGUUUAAUGGAAAUGGCGACGACGACUUCAUGUCAUCUCUUGGGUCGAUGGUUGAUUCGUUAGCAGGAGCAUUCGAGGACGGCAAAGAAUGUAAAUACAGCUGCCCUAACGCCAAACAAGUCACCAAGCCGAGAAAAGACCAUGUUCCUACAAGUAAUGGUUGUGGUUCCUAUGGGAUGGUGUUAAACACGGAAAAGCUUCCCAAGAUGACCAAGUGUUGCGACAGCCAUGAUAUCUGCUAUGAUACAUGUAACACUAACAAAGAAAGCUGUGACCGCAUCUUCAAGCAGUGUUUAGAGGUUAUGUGCAGUGACCUAGCUGGCAGUUUAUCUCGAGAGGAAUUUGAAGGUUGUGAAGCAACAGCAGAAUUAAUGUACCAAGGCACAGUUGCUUUAGGCUGUGGCAGUUUUAAAGAAGGACAGAAAAAUGCUUGUGAAUGUGUGAACAAAACCAGCAAAAAUGCUCGGGCCAAACAAACAGAAAAAUCUCAAACCUUCAAGAAUGGCGAACUCUAGUUGAUAGACUGUCGAAGGGUAAAUGUGAACAAUACAAACUAUAUUUUUUAAGAUUGGAAAAAAAACAACUUCUUGCACUUUAGAGUGCCUUAUUACAAGUACAAUAUGUAUUGUUUUAUAUCAUUGUCUUAAACAAGUUUGAUGAUUAUUGACAAUUUCACAGAAUCUCCUUUUUAAUCAAUUUAUGAUUAUAUCAAUAAUUUUGUUACAAUUGAAAAUUUACACUAAAAUUAUGUCAUUUUCUUAACUAAGUUUUAGAAUAAAUGACAAUUUUACAAAAUUUUAUUUUCUGAAUUAAAUUAUAAUGAUUUUGAUAAUUUUAUUAUAUUUAAGAAUAUACAACAGAAUUAUAUUUACACCUCAGAAUAUAUUUCUUUAUUGAUGUGUUGUGAUAUAUAAUAUUUUCUUUUGAUUAAAUUUUAUUUACAUAAUUAACUUUUAAGCUGUUUUCCAAAUGAUUGUUUGAAAUAUGCUUUAUUUACUUUUGCCAACAUAUCUAUGGAUGUUUAUAUCUUUUGUUCAUCAAAAUGUUUAAUUCAUCUAUUCAAUAGCCUAUUAUUAUGAAAGCUUUUUACUGAAUUGUUUUUUUCAUAGUGAUAUUUCUGAAUCUCAUCUUUUAUUAUCUGUUGUUGAUGGAGAUUGCCAUUUUUGGUGAUAUUGUCCCUAUAAAGGAUGAGGUUGAAAGCAAUAUUCCAAGUUUUCUUAUAUAUUAUGAAUGUUUAUUUUAUACAAUUGUACGCAGAAAAUAAAAUUUCAUAUUAAAACAUAUCAUGCGGUAGUCAGGUUGUACAGUAGUAACAUACUUGCCUGUCACUUGGGUGACCUGGGUUAAAUUCCUCAAUCAGACGUGGAAAGGCUAAAAAGAUGUCACCCGCCUGACCACUUCAGCUUUCUCUGUGAACUCCAGUUUUCUCCCAAACUAUGACUUCUCAUGUGCUUCCAUCCAGGCCAACAAUCGUGAUUAAUAUAAGUUGAUAAAACUUGUUUUGCAAUUGUUGUCAAAUGAGUAAAAUUUA